AUGGUGCAUGCGGAAAGGGACUCAGGCAAAACGGAAAAGCAUAAGGGGGAGGUCCACGGAGUGAAACACUCAGAUACCUCUACUACAGACAACACUGUUGGAGGGGAUUUACCAAACAAGAACUGCAGCUCGGCAGACCACAUAAACUUCAAAGGAGAAAAUAACGAAUUUUCUGGACUAGCCAAAGCGAGUAAAUCUUCUUCCAUGGAUGUGGGACUGGGUUCUGCAGCUUCCGAUGAGCCCUCCACCGGUUCCAAGGGGGGAAAGGAAAAUGGAAAUCCAACAAGAAAUACCAACCUGGACUCCCAUGGAAGCUCCUCCUCUUUGUCGAAGAAGAAUAGCAAGACAUUUAGUGUAGGUCAUCGAGAAAAGGAAGGAUCUAGCGAUAUGAAAAAAAAAAUGAAAGUAGAGGAUGAAGUUGUGAAGGGGAAAGCAGAAAGACAUAAAUGUGUUGAAUCGAACGGAGGAGAGGAGGGAUCCCACGGAAAGGGAUAUCAUAGAAGAGACGAGCGAGGCGACGACGCACAUGUAGAGGAGGUAACAAAUCAUGACAAAGGAAAGGUACCGAAGAAAAUAAAGAACGUAAAUGAAUAUCUCUUAGAAAGAAGAAGCAGCCAAAAAAUCACCGUCUUUGUGGGGGAAAAAAUGCAGAAGGUGAAGGCCGAUUUUAAGUACGGCGAGGAUGCACAUUCUAAUGUGAGCUGUAGAGCAGAUGGGAAUGACAUGAAUGGAGGUGGUAAUGUGGAAGUUUGCAAAGACGGAGAAGGAAAUAAUGAACAUAACAGGGUGAUAGAGAAGAAACAGAAACAAACGGUUUUCACUGCACAGUUGUGUAAGCGAAGUAACGCGGAUGCAAGGGCGUGUGAGGAACUUAUAAAGGAGAAGCCAGAGAAAACCGUUUUUGAGGCACAGCUGUGCCAGAGAAGUAAUGCAGAUGCGCGGGCCUGUGAGGAGCUAUGCAAAAAGCAAGAGAAAACGAUCUUCGAGUCGCAGUUGUGCGAACGGAGCAAUGCUGAUGCGAGGGCUGGUGAGGAUCUAGCCAAGAAAAAUCCAGAACAAACCAUAUUCGAAGCACAACUAUGUAAACGAAGCAACGCGGAUGCCAGAGCAGGUGAGGAGUUAGCCAAGAAACAAGAGAAAACGGUCUUCGAAUCACAGGCCAGCCUUACGAGCAAAGCCGACGCCAGGGCCUGUGAUCGCUUGGAAGAUAAGCUGAGCGGAGAGAGCGUGGUGUAUGAGUCGCAGAAGUGUGUAAAGAGCGUUGCAGAUUUUAAGGCGUCAGAUAAGAUAAAGGAGGUGAUGAAGCGAAACAUGGCAGAUGAGUGUCACACGUUGUGA